GUGUGUGUGUGUUUGCGGGGAGGGCAUUCACACAGUCACACACCUUAGCCAACAGGAAGAGGAGCGUCUCGUGCUGGACAGCGACCUGCGAAGGCGUCGGUCCUCCCGCUGGACUUCGAUGUGUCCCACCGCACCGGCGUCCGGCAGCUGAGCGCGCGCGCGUCUCUCUCUGUGCGCGUGUGUGUUUCGGCGUGUUUGCGCCCUGCUGCACCGGGAUGAGUUUUAUGGCGGGUUGGAGGCGAAGUCUGAAGAAGAAUGACGACAAAAGGAAUUCCUUGCCGGCUGGGAAAAGCGGAAACAGCCCCGUUCCUCCUCCCAGGUUGUCUGUCAUAAACUGCAAGGAAAUGGACCCGAUCAUACCUGAUUUAAUGUUACCUCGGGACGACGGCGGCCGCAAGCCCGUUGCUGCAAGCCCAGAUCUAGGGUCACGGAGAUCAGACCUGUCCGUGGCCCUCGAUGACUGCAUGGCGGCCCUGGACCUGUUCCUGCGGAACCAGUUUGAGGAAGCGCUGUCCAGGCUGCGCAGCAGAAUCAAAGAUAGUAUGUACCAUGCCCUCACGUACGCCACCAUACUGGAGAUGCAGGCCAUGAUGACCUUUAACCCUGAGGAUAUAUUGACAGCUGGCAGUACCAUGAAAGAUGCCCAGGCUGUGUGCCAACGGUCCCGUAAGAAGUCCUCCUUCAACAGCCUGGCCAGCAGGAGCUUCACCGAGGAGGAACUGCAUGCUGAGCUAUGCUAUGCAGAGUGUCUCCUGCAGAGGGCAGCACUAACUUUCCUCCAGGAUGAGAACAUGAUCAGUUUCAUCAAAGGAGGGAUCAAGGUCAGGAACAGUUACCAGACCUACAAGGAGCUUCACGCUGUGCUGCAGUCAGCUGGCUACGCCCAGGGGGAGAAUCACCGGCACUUCGAAGCAGGAGUCAAGCUUGGAGUGGGGUCCUUUAAUCUGAUGCUGUCCAUGUUGCCCACUAGGAUCCUCCGGCUGUUGGAGUUUGUGGGCUUUUCCGGGAACAAGGUGGGUUCUUCCGGGAGCGUCCUUAAUUCUAGCGGCGCACGUGAGGCAUUCUGGGACUUUCAGACGAUGUUCAUGUUCACGUGUGCUGUGGCGCUCCAGGAGUUUGGCCUGCAGCAGCUGGAGGAGGGUUCCUCCACACACACAUUCAGGGCCUUCUUGUGCAACAUGCUGCUGCUCUGCUAUCACACCUUCAUGAGCUUCAUCCUGGGUACAGGGGAGGGCGAUGUGGCCGAUGCAGAGAGGUUAUUACAGCCCUACCUGAAGCAGUACCCCAAGGGAGCAAUUUUCUUGUUCUUUUCUGGUCGAAUUGAGGUCAUCAAAGGAAACCUUGAUGCUGCUAUCGGGCGCUUUGAGGAGUGCUGCGAGGCCCAGCAGGCCUGGAAGCAGUUCCACCACAUGUGCUACUGGGAGCUGAUGUGGUGCUUCACCUACAAAAGGCACUGGAAGAUGGCCUACUUCUAUGCUGACCUGCUCAGCAAAGAGAACACUUGGUCCAAGGCCACAUAUGCCUACAUGAAGGGCUCCUACCUGAGCAUGCUCACCAGGGAGGAGUGUAAGGUCUUUGGGGAGAGCGAAGAGGGCCUUUUCAGACAGGUGCCGGGGCUGAAGCAGAAGAUUGCGGGUAAAUCUCUGCCCACGGAGAAGUUUGCCAUCCGAAAAGCUCGUCGGUACCUGACAGAGAAACCCAUACCCCUGCCUGUACCGCCACUGGAAAUGAUGUACAUCUGGAAUGGCUAUACGGUGAUUGGAAAACACAAGGAGCUGACCGAAGGGAUCCUGGAGACUCUCAAUGAGGCCCAGAAACAGCUUGAGUCGAACCCAAGGACGGAACUGUCCACAGAUGACCAGUGUCUGGUGAGCCUCCUCAAGGGCUUGUGCCUGAAGCAGCUGGGCUUCCAGGAGGAGGCUGAGCAUUACUUCACCCUGGUGCUCUGCAAUGAAAAUCAGAUCAAGUUUGACCACUACUUGGUGCCCAACGCUCUCCUGGAACAUGGUCUGUUAUGUCUGGAGCAAGGGAGGAGGGUGGAGGCCAUCAAACUCCUGGAGGCAGCAAAACAAAAUUACAAGAACUACUCUAUGGAAUCUCGGACUCAUUUCAGAAUCCAGGCUGCGCUGCAGAAGGCUCGGGCCACAGAUGCCAACGGCGUUCAGUGUGUGCCGCCCAGCCCCUGACUGUUGCUGCUACAGCGGGGCGGAGUUCCUUUUCAUCCAGCAAAGAAAGCUGCGCAACCGAUUUCAUCCGGAGGGCCGACGGCGACACCCACAACCACACGCGGGAGCGGAGAAACGCAGAGAGAAGGAGAGUAGUAUGAAGACGCACGGAUACAGUCUGAACGAGGACACAGACACACACACAGAUUAAGAAAAAGGCAACCUUCAAACACACACUACAAGUGCACAUACACACAUAGGAUCAUACACACAGUCCACCAAAGGUGCUUUGUAGUCGGUCUUAUUAAAUUAUUGUCAUUGGUUUUGCCCUUUGCGUUCUGAGCAGAAUGACCAAACAUACUGUGGCCAACCCAUGAAAUUUCCAGGGUAAACCCUUAUUCCUAUUUUUUGUUACGUUUAAUUUAAAAUUGGUUUUAAGGUGGAUUUUUAGGAAGAAUGUAUGACAGAAAAUGUCAAAUUAUGCAGAUUUAUCAUGGAGAUAUUUCAACUCUCCUGAGGUACACCAGAAGUUCUGGAGUAUUUAAUGUCACACGUAUACUGUACACUAAUUUUGUCUUAUGUCUAGUGUCUUUAAAAGCAACACCAAACACUUCAGCUGGCAGAUGCAGUUUUAACAAUGCACAGUGUAAUGCACCAACAGGUUUCAAAAUUAUUUUCUUCUCCUUGUCAUUUAUUUGGUAUAUGCAGGCUGCAUUAAAUUCACCUGGAAAAUGCAAUUUUAACAUUAUUUCCUCACUGUGGAAUUUCAGACAGCAUAGUUUAGACUGGGGGGGGCGCGGUGGCGCAGCGGGUCCUGCUCUCCGGUGGGUCUGGGGUUUGAGUCCCGCUUGG